AUGCAAAGAGCUAUGGCAGCUGCAAGCACUUCAAGAAUACUUCUAAACCUCUCUCUGUCUUCCUCAAGCAAACUCUAUCAUCCAUUUCUCAAACUCCCCAAAAAACCCACUAGGGUUUUACUAGGGUUUAACUUUAGACCCUUAUGUACUGUAUCAUCAUCAACAGCAACAGCAACUGAACCAGAUCAACUAAAACACUCAAUCCUACUAGAGAGACUGAGACAUAGACAUCUUAAAGACUCUAAAAAAACCCCACUUACCGAAACUCAAACACAAACCCCACUAGAACCAGUUGUUGCUAUUGAGAAUGAAGAAGAAGAUGGGUUUAAGAAGUCUAAGAAAGGGAAAAAGAUUGCGGGUAGUUUUGAGGAGUUGGGGUUGAGUGAGGAGGUUAUGGAGGCUGUUAAAGAGAUGGGGAUUGAGGUUCCUACUGAGAUUCAAUGUAUUGGGAUUCCUGCUGUUUUGGAUGGUAAAAAAGUUGUCUUGGGUUCUCAUACUGGGUCUGGCAAGACUUUGGCUUAUAUGUUGCCUCUUGUUCAGUUGCUGAGGCGGGAUGAGGCAUUGUUGGGUAGGCUAAUGAAGCCCAGGCGACCUCGAGCUGUUGUUCUUUGUCCCACAAGAGAGCUAUCUGAGCAGGUUUUCCGUGUUGCAAAAUCUAUUGGCCAUCAUGCUCGUUUCAGGUCUACUAUGGUCAGUGGUGGUGGCCGGUUGAGACCCCAGGAGGAUUCAUUAAAUAAUCCAAUUGACAUGGUAGUGGGAACCCCUGGCAGGGUUCUUCAACAUAUUCAGGAUGGGAACAUGGUUUAUGGUGACAUAAAAUACUUGGUUUUGGACGAGGCAGACACCAUGUUUGAUCGGGGCUUUGGUCCUGAAAUUCGCAAGUUUUUAGGCCCAUUGAAAAAUCGUACAUCAAAAGCUGAUGGUCAAGGGUUUCAAACUAUUUUAGUUACUGCAACAAUGACAAAGGCAGUUCAAAAGCUGAUUGAUGAGGAGUUUCAAGGAAUAGUACAUUUGCGCACAUCAACACUCCACAAAAAGAUAGCAUCUGCUCGCCAUGAUUUCAUAAAACUUUCAGGUUCUGAAAACAAGAUGGAAGCAUUGUUGCAGGUUCUUGAGCCAAGUUUGGCGAAGGGAAACAGAAUAAUGGUGUUCUGCAACACUUUGAAUUCGAGCCGUGCUGUAGAUCACUUUCUUGCCGAAAAUCAGAUCUCCACUGUCAAUUACCAUGGGGAGGUGCCAGCAGAACAGAGGGUUGAGAAUCUCACUAAGUUUAAGAGUGACGAUGGAGAUUGUCCCACAUUGGUCUGCACAGACUUGGCUGCUAGAGGGCUUGAUUUGGAUGUGGACCAUGUUAUCAUGUUUGAUUUCCCCAUGAACUCUAUCGAUUACCUUCAUCGCACAGGAAGAACUGCUCGUAUGGGUGCAAAAGGGAAAGUGACAAGCUUGGUGGCUAAAAAGGAUCAACUGUUAGCUGCUCGAAUUGAUGAGGCAAUAAGGAAAAAUGAGAGCUUGGAAUCCCUCACAACAGAUAAUGUUAGAAGGGACAUUGCCAGGGCUCGAAUAACUGAACAGCAGGGUAAGAGUGCAAAAUUCGUUAAAGCAUCCAUUCAGAAAAGCAAUAGUAAAGCAGCAGCUGCGAAAUCCCCUAGUGUGCAGGCCAAGGCUGCAUCUUCGGUGACAAAAUCCGGAAAAGCAUCCACUCCAGCAAAAUCUUUCAAGGCUGUCAAGGCUGCAAAGAGAGUCAAAUCCUACAGUGCAAGCAACUCUAGAAAAACAUCUCCAGGUGUGAAGAAGCAAGCGGGAAAGCUAAGAGUUGUGGCUUUUAGGGGUCGGUCUUCUUCAUCUAACAAGAAAGAAUCAUUGAGGCCCAGUUGA